AUGGCCGAGCUCUGCACAGUCGUCGUCGCGCCCAAGGAAUGGUACUCCUGGGCCGUCGAGCAGCUGUGGGCGGUGCUCGAGACCUCGCCGUGCGCGGAGCUCAUCUACCUCCUCUCGCCUCCCUUCCCGGCCGAGCUCGCCGAUGCGCUGGCGGCGGCCCAAGCCCGCCACCCGCACCUCCGCGUGCUGCGCCUCGGCCUGCUGGAGAACCCCUACGCGAUGCGCCAGCGAGCCGCGGAGGACGUGCGCACGCGCUACGCCGCCUUCCUGGGCAACGACACAUUCCCGACCGCCGGGUGGCUCGAGGCGCUCGUCGCGGUGGCCGAGGCGCGGCUGGAGUGCGCGGUGGUCCAGCCGAUCAUGCUCGAGCGCUCGGUCACGCACGAUGACACGUUGCACGUUUGGUGGCACCCGCUGCGGCUGCUCGACCACGAGGACGGCCGCAGCCCGCAGCUGCUCACCCGCUUUGACGAGGCGGCGACGCGCCACGGGCAGCCCGCGCUCCAGCAGCGGCUCGAGCCGGAGCAGCGGCUGCAAUUUGUCGAGGACCACGCGCUGCUCGACCACGCGCUGCUCGUCCGCUGCGACGCGUUCGCGCCGCGCGGCGGGCCGCCGCUCUGGGACCCGCUCGCCUGCCACCGCCGCGAGUUCUUCGACCUGGCCUUGUCUAGGAAAGGUCUAGGACAGGCGUGGACGGUGGGUGCGGCGGGCUUCACGGCGCUGCUGCAGCCGGCGUCUGUCGUGACGUACCGCAAGGUGCGGCCGCUGCGCGUGGGCGACUUGCCGAUCUUCGUCGCGCGGCGGCACGACGAGGCGUCGCUAAAGUCGUGCGAGCACAUCGACGCCAAGUGGGGCAUCCGGUGUCGCGUCGACCGCUGGCACGAGGGGCACCGCGACGAGGCGCUGACGGGCACCUGCUUCGACGCUCGCGCCGCGCCGCCAGCUGACGCGGCGGAGGCCGCCUCGGGUGCGGGCGCGGCGGGGGCGGAGGGAGCGGCAGAUUGCAUACCGGCAGACGCGGCGUGGCUGGUGCGCCUGUUGCUCUGCCUGCUCGCGCUCAUCGGCUUCAACCGCUUCGAUCUGUCCGUCUGCGCUUGCGCCGCCGACGCGGCGGCGGCAGGCGGCGAGGCGGGCGGCGAGGCGGGCGGCGAGGAGGGCGGCGAGGAGGGCGGCGAGGCCUCGCUCGCCGUCGUCGCGGCGCUGCGGCACGUUGACACGCUUUGCCGGCGCGCCGAGUCGUUGGCGGCGGAGGGCCCGGCGUGCGAGCUGCGCGUCUCGCCGCGGCAGCUCCGCGCGUUGGGCGACGGCAGCAUGCCCAGCGGCGCGGGCGGCAGCGGCCACCGACAGACGCUCGCGUCGCUCGGCCUCGUGGCGCGAGACACGUUUGCCUCGGUGGAGGAGGCGGAGGCGGGGAUGCCGUUGGUCGUCGUCGCUGUGCCGGUUGCGCCGCCGCCGGCUCUCUCCGCUGCGGCGGAGGGCGCGACGGAGGAAAGCGUGGCGGCGGUGGGGGCCACUGUAGCCGCUGCUGAGGACGCGGCGUCGACUGAGCUCUCGCAGGAGCAACUCAACGGCCUGCACAAGCGGUUUGAGGUUCUGCGCGGCUCGAUCGAGGCGCCCGCGCCCUUCUUCGCCUGCGCGCCGCCGCCGGUGCAAGAGGCGCUGCAGGACUUCAACCUGCACAUCCACCGCCUCGAGGACCUGCAUCGGCAGGUCGAGCGCCUCGCGAUGGGCAAGCGGCCGACGCCGCGCAUCGUCGUCGCGUUCGACCCGCGCCGGCCGCGCACGCCGCUGUCCGACGGCGAGAUGCGCCACUUCACGGUGCGGAUGGAGUUCGGCGCAGUCUAUCUCAACUACUGCGUGGUCGGAAAGCACCUGAUGGAAUUGUUCCAGGACGACGACGAAGACGAGUGCGGCGACGAGAACGUGCGGCCGCAGCGUACGAUGAGUGCCGACGCUCAGUGCUACUUUGGGCCCUCGAUGAGCGAGGAGGAGGCGGCGCAGAAGCUGUCGGACUUCCACGAUUGGCUGAGGGCCUCGCCGCACCGGCGGAGGAGCUGGUGUCCGCUCGAGCAGCAGCAGCUCGCGCUAGGCCGCAUCCCCGUCGCGGCGCUCGACCGCAGCCACCCCAGCAUCGCGGGACUCAGCGAGGAGCAGAUCGUCGACAAGAUCGCGGACUUUCAGGAGCUGUGCUCGCUGCGUGUUGUCCCGCACGCGCGGCUGCAGCAGAGGCCAGGGCCAUGA